GAGUGGUGUGGUGGCCUAGAGAUACAGCCCUUUUCUAUGUGUAAUCCUCCAUGCUCAUCAGGUUGGAGCAAAAUAAAAAUAGAAGGAAAGCCCUUUUGCUGCUAUGAUUGCCUUAAAUGCCCAGAAGGAAAAAUUUCAAACAAGACAGAUGCAGAUGACUGUUUCCCAUGUUCAGAAGAUCAGUACCCAAACAAAGCUCACAACCUUUGCAUUCCAAAACACAUCACAUUUUUGUCUCAUGAAGAGUCUCUGGGAAUUAACCUGACAGCUAUUGCUUCCUUCUUUUCUUUAAUCUCAGUUAUGGUCCUGGGAAUCUUCAUUAAGCAUCGGGACACCCCCAUUGUCAAAGCCAACAACCGGAACCUCACCUAUAUUCUUCUCAUUGCUCUCCUCCUCUCCUUCCUCUGCACUUUGCUCUUUAUUGGCCAACCAGAUCAAGUAAAAUGUCUCAUGCGACAAACUUCUUUUGGCAUAAUCUUCUCUGUAGCUCUUUCUUGUAUAUUGGGGAAAACAAUCAUAGUGGUCCUUGCUUUCAUGGCCACCAAGCCCGGAUCCAAAAUGAGGAAAUGGGUGGGGAAAAGGCUGGCCAACGCUAUAGUUCUUUCAUGCUCUUUGACACAAUUCUCCAUUUGUGCAGUGUGGUUGACAAUUUCCCCCCCAUUCCCAGAUUCUGACAUGCACUCCAUGGCUGAAGAAAUUGUCCUAGAAUGUAAAGAAGGUUCAACCACUAUGUUUUAUAUUGUUCUUGGUUUCUUGGGAUUCUUGACUGCUUUCAGCUUCUCAGUAGCCUUCCUAGCUAGGAAGUUACCUGACAGCUUUAAUGAAGCCAAAUUUAUCACCUUCAGCAUGUUGGUCUUUUGUAGUGUCUGGAUAUCCUUUGUUCCCACCUAUCUGAGCACCAAGGGAAAAUACAUGGUAGCUGUGGAGAUCUUUUCCAUUUUGGCUUCUGCAGCUGGAUUACUGGGUUGCAUCUUUUCCCCCAAAUGUUACAUUAUUAUUCUGAGACCUAAUUUGAACAGAAAGGAACAGCUGACAAAGAAAUGAAACUGAUUUACUUGCUCCUCUCUAAAUUGUGACAAAAUCCUCAUUUGCUUAAUUAAAGGGCUACUGACCAUCUUGAAGAACUGA